UCUACCAUGUUUUUUAAUGAGCUCGAUUCAUUCGUCGCGUCCCUGAUGAUUUUUCAUUUGAGUUUAAGUAAAAAAAAUGCAUUUCCAGGCACCAUCAUGACUUAUAUUCCUCCAAGCAAACGAUUCAAUUAACAUAUUACUUGAGCGGAUUUCUGAUGGGGUUUAUAGUAAUUGUGACGCAAUUCACGCCAACAGCAAACAUUUUUCAAACCAUCAUUGAUUGUCUCACAUAUGUCGUGUGCUCGUUUCUCAUUGUGGAUGCCAGCGAAGAAUGCGACUCUUUGGGCGGCCAGUUUACAGCCGCAAUUUACGAUCUAAAUUGGUACGAUUGGUCUGCUGAGAACCAGAAGCUUUUGUUAAUAUUAAUAACGCAUUCGGCCAGAAAUAUACCAGUUACAAUCCGGAUGAUGUAUAAAGUCAAUAGAGAGUUGCUGCUGAAGGUAUUGUCUUUUCUCCGUUAAACACUCCAGCAUUUUUUUGGCUUAUUCAAUAUUAAUCUUAUUAAAGUGUCUUAAUAUCCACCUGAAUAUGGGAAAUUUCUAUUUUUAGAUAGGUCGAGUUUUAUACCCGGUAGCAAAUUUACUGUAUUCAAUGAGGAAUUGAUGCCAGACACCCAAACAAACUAUUUCCUUAAUCUAACAGCACUUUACUAUCAGAAUCCGACACUUUAUUUACACAGACUGGACGCCACGCACUGAACUAAAUAGAUAAGAAUUUGUUGCUUUCUUCGAUUUGAAAAGAUUCUCGCAGUGUUAAACGGAUAACUGUCCAAGUAUUCAGGUCCAAAGUGGCCCAGGGAAGCGAAAAUGUUUCUAAAUUUCAUAUUUUUCGUCAAUUUCUUCAACAUUUUGCUUCAAGAGUGUGCGGCCGCAAGGAUUUUAGUGUUCAUCCCAUUGCCGUUCUACAGCCACCAAUCGGUGUACAAACCGCUAUGGAACGAACUGGCCAACCGCGGGCAUAAGAUCACUUUGCUCACUCUAAACCCCAUGCAACCCCAUGAAAAUAUCACUCAAAUUGACCUUAGUGCGGUUUACACGAGGCUGGAAAAGGCGAAAUUUUUCGAUGUUUUGAGCUCCGGCGAACAGAGCCUGGAAAAUGUUCUCCAUGUGUUCGACACGGUGCUUGAAGCAGCAGACGAAGAGCUGAGCCACCCGGAAGUUAAGGGCUUGAUUGCCGGCAAUCAGUCUUUUGAUCUGGUGAUAACCGAGUAUUAUCUAACUGUUGGAGCGGCGUUUGCCCACAAAUUCCAAUGCCCUUUCAUCGGGGUUGUUUCCAUGGAUGCUGCCUCAGAUGUGCACAAUAUUAUCGGAAACCCCACUCACCCUAUUCUAUAUCCAGCUUUAGAUCUGGGGUUUUCUGGAGAACUUAAUUUGAAACUACGGCUGGGCCGCACCUUGUUUUACCUGGCGUGGAAUGCGUAUGUUACCUACUCAAUCCGACCUAGAGAAAAUGAGUUAAUCCAGAAGCACUUUGGAAGCGAGUUUCCUCUGGUGGAAAACCUCAACAAAAAGGCGAGCUUGCUGUUUAUUAAUGUGAAUCCGGUUUUUCACAUACAGCGGCCUUUGAAUGCCCAGACCAUCAACGUCGGGGGCGGUUUACAUAUUCAACCGCCCAAAAGUUUACCUGAGGAUAUUCAAGGAUUCUUGGAUGACGCCCAACACGGGGCGAUAUAUUUCAGCUUGGGCAGCUCGAUACGGAGCUCACAGCUGCCUGGCAGCACCAAAUCAGCCAUCAUCCAGACCUUUGGACAACUUCCCUAUAAAUUUUUGUGGAAAUAUGAAAAAGAGCUAAACGACAGCAUGGAGGUUCCCAAAAAUGUCCACCUCUCCAACUGGCUGCCACAGCAGGAUAUUUUGAGGCAUAAAAACAUCAAGCUGUUCAUCACCCAAGGUGGGUUGCAAUCGCUGGAAGAAUCGCUCUUCAUUGGGGUGCCAGUUUUGGUUCUACCCUUCUAUGGGGACCAAAUAUCCAACGCUCAAAUGGUGGUUGAACAUGGAUUUGGACUCGCUUUGGAUCGUCGGAACGUAACAGUGCGAAAUUUUAUGAGCGCUAUUUUGAAAUUAAUUACAUCGACAAAAUACCGCAAUACAGCCUUGAAAUUGGGCAAGCAAAUAUCGGACCAACCGUGGACGCCACUGGAAAAGGCUGUUUGGUGGACGGAAUUUGCCAUCAGGAAUCCAAAGGUUGAUUUUUUGAAACAUCCAAUAGCUUCCACUCUGCCUUUGUAUCAAUAUUAUUUUUUGGACUUUCUUUUCGUUUUUCUCGCUUUAUUUAGUGUCGUUUGUUGCGUCAUUUUUUGUGGGUUUGUUGUUUACGUUCACCUUUUAGGUAGGUGUGGACGGACGAAGGUAAAAAUGGACUGAUGUUGGUAGUAAAUAGGUUUUGUAUUAUUGUGCGGAUUUUUGUAAUUAAAUUAUAUUGAAAUUAUCAAAA